CACCGAGCGGCUGGGCGCAGGAGUGAGUGAGUGUGCAAGCGGGCCGGGAGCGCGGCCGCGGAUCCGCCGCUGGUGGGGAGCCAGCCGGGCGUGCUGUACCCUGUCACCGGGGCCGCCCUGCGCCCCGCAGCCCUGCAGCUGCGCCCCGGCUCCCGAGACCGCGGCCGGCCCGGAGCGCGCGCACCGCCGCCGCUGGUUUGCUCGCAGCGCUGCUUGGAACCUGAAGGAGCCCGAGACAGAGAGAACGAGAAGGUGCCUGAGUUUAUUUAAGAGGAUAAUCUUGAAGCAGAGGACGAAAAAGAGCUGGUUGGAUCUCUGGAGAUCUCCUUGCUGGCUGCUGUGAGAGCCUGGGGCUUGUCCAUGACUCAGUGGAUCUGGAGAAGUUCAAGUAUGCUUUCUGGAGUGGCGUAGGGCUGCACUGCGUUAGUCAGUCGAAGAGUCUCCAGGGCUGGUUCCACGCCAAGGUGGGGCCAUGGCAGCCUCCAGGACAGCCUCGAGGGCUUCUCGGGACAUUACCAAUGUGAUGCAAAGACUGCAAGAUGAACAGGAGAUCGUACAAAAACGUACUUUUACCAAAUGGAUCAACUCUCAUCUGGCCAAGCGGAAACCCCCGAUGGUGGUGGACGAUCUUUUUGAAGACAUGAAAGAUGGUGUGAAGCUGCUGGCUCUCCUGGAAGUCCUGUCUGGGCAGAAACUGCCGUGUGAACAAGGACGCCGUAUGAAGCGAAUCCAUGCCGUGGCGAACAUUGGCACAGCACUCAAGUUUCUCGAAGGAAGGAAGUCCAUGUACAGAGGAUCACCGAUAAAAUUAGUCAACAUUAACUCCACUGAUAUAGCAGAUGGCCGACCCUCCAUAGUUCUUGGAUUGAUGUGGACUAUAAUUCUAUAUUUCCAGAUUGAGGAGUUGACCAGCAACCUGCCGCAGCUGCAGUCUCUGUCCAGCAGCACGUCCUCCGUGGACAGCAUGGUCAGCUCUGAGACUGCCAGCCCCCCGAGUAAACGGAAGGUGGCCACCAAGAUCCAAGGAAACGCCAAGAGGACUUUGUUAAAGUGGGUUCAGUGCACAACCUCCAAGCAGAUGGGGAUAGAAAUAAAAGACUUUGGACGCAGUUGGAGAAGCGGAGUUGCCUUUCAUUCGGUCAUCCAUGCCAUUCGACCGGAACUAGUGGACUUGGAGAAGGUGAAAGGAAGGUCUAACCGAGAAAACCUGGAGGAGGCGUUCACUAUUGCUGAAACAGAGCUGGGAAUCCCAAGACUCCUGGAUCCAGAAGAUGUUGAUGUGGAUAAGCCAGAUGAGAAGUCUAUUAUGACCUAUGUAGCCCAGUUUCUCAAACAGUAUCCUGACAUCCACAGUACAGGUGCUGAUGCACAAGAGAACGAUGAAAUAUUUCCAGGUGUCUCAUCUUUUGCAAAUUCUAUCCAAAUUCUUAAGAGAGAAGAUAGGCUAAUUUUGAAGGAAGUGAAAGUUUGGAUAGAACAAUUUGAAAGAGAUUUGACAAGGGCACAGAUGACAGAAUCAAAUUUGCAGGAUAAGUAUCAGUCGUUUAAGCACUUCAGAGUUCAGUACGAAAUGAAAAGGAAACAGACUGAACACCUAUUACAACCAUUACAUAGAGAUGGCAAACUGUCACUUGACCAAGCCUUGGUAAAACAGUCCUGGGACAGAGUGUCCUCCAGGCUCUUCGAUUGGCAUAUACAACUGGACAAGUCUCUUCCUGCACCUCUGGGUACCAUAGGGGCCUGGUUAUACAGAGCAGAGGUGGCCCUGAGAGAGGAAAUAACCAUUCAGCAGGUUCAUGAGGAAACGGCCAACACAAUACAGCGGAAACGUGAGCAACACAAGGAUCUGCUUCAAAACACAGAUGCCCACAAAAGAGCAUUCCAUGAAAUCUACCGGACCAGGUCUGUUAACGGGAUCCCCGUGCCACCUGAUCAAUUAGAGGACAUGGCCGAGAGGUUUCAUUUUGUUUCCUCCACAUCAGAGCUGCACUUAAUGAAAAUGGAAUUUCUAGAAUUAAAGUACCGUCUGCUCUCACUGCUGGUUCUUGCAGAGUCAAAGCUGAAGUCUUGGAUCAUCAAGUAUGGGAGGAGAGACUCCGUGGAGCUGCUUCUGCAAAACUACAUCUCUUUUAUAGAAAACAGCAAGUUCUUUGAACAAUAUGAAGUGACAUACCAGAUCUUGAAACAGACAGCUGAGAUGUACGUCAAAGCUGAUGGCUCAGUGGAAGAAGCUGAGAAUGUGAUGAAAUUCAUGAACGAAACCACUGCCCAGUGGAGGAACCUCUCGGUAGAAGUCAGGAGUGUGCGGAGCAUGCUGGAAGAAGUCAUUGCCAACUGGGACCGAUACGGCAAUACUGUGGCUAGUCUUCAGGCUUGGCUAGAGGAUGCUGAGAAAAUGCUAAAUCAAUCAGAACAUGCCAAAAAGGAUUUUUUUCGAAAUUUGCCUCAUUGGAUACAGCAGCACACGGCUAUGAAUGAUGCCGGCAACUUUCUAAUUGAAACAUGCGAUGAGGUGGUCUCCCGUGAUCUCAAACAGCAGUUGCUAUUGCUAAAUGGACGAUGGAGGGAGUUGUUUAUGGAAGUCAAGCAAUAUGCCCGAGCUGAUGAAUUGGACAGAAUGAAGAAAGAAUACACAGAUUGCAUUGCUACCCUGUCUGAUUUUGCAACAGAAGCCCAUAGGAAACUUUCGGAGCCCUUAGAAGUCUCGUUAAUUAAUGUCAAGUUAUUAAUUCAAGACUUGGAGGAUAUUGAGCAGCGGGUGCCUGUCAUGGAUGCUCAAUAUAAGAUGAUUACAAAGACAGCACACCUCGUUAGCAAAGAGUGCGCCCAAGAAGAAGCGAACGAGAUGUUUGCGACCAUGUCUGGGCUCAAAGAGCAGCUAACCAAGGUCAAAGACUGUUACUCCCCACUCCUUUAUGAGUCUCAGCAGCUGUUGAUUCCGUUGGAGGAAUUAGAAAAGCAGAUGACGGCCUUUUACGACUCACUUGGGAAAAUCAAUGAGAUUCUAGCAGUUCUUGAGCACGAGGCACAAUCUAGUGCUCUUUUUAAACAGAAACAUCAGGAACUGUUAGCUUGUCAAGAGAGCUGUAAGAAAGCCAUGGUGCAAAUUGAGAAAGGCAGCCAUGGUGUUCAAAAGUCUGUGACCUUGAGCAACGUGUUAAAGCACUUCGAUCAGACAAAGCUACAGAGACAGGUUGCAGAUGUGCAUGUUGCUUUUCAGAAUAUGGUAAAGAAAACGGGAGACUGGAAGAAACACGUGGAAACCAACAGCCGCUUGAUGAAGAAAUUUGAGGAGUCUCGAGCAGAGUUGGAGAAGGUGCUGAGGAUCGCUCAGGAGGGCCUGGAGGAAAAGGGGGAUCCGGAAGACCUCCUGAGGAGACACACAGAGUUUUUCAGUCAGCUGGAUCAGAGGGUGCUCAAUGCUUUCCUGAAAGCUUGUGAUGAACUCACCGACAUUCUCCCUGAGCAGGAACAGCAGGGCCUGCAGGAAGCCGUCAGAAAGCUCCAUAAACAGUGGAAGGAUCUUCAAGGAGAAGCACCGUAUCAUUUGCUUCAUCUGAAGAUCGAGGUGGAGAAGAAGAGGUUCUUAGCGUCUGUAGAAGAGUGCAGAGCUGAGCUGGGGCGAGAGACCAAGCUGGUGGCCCAGGAAGGGAGCGAAAAGAUCAUCAAAGAGCACAGGAUCUUUUUCAGUGACAAGGGUCCUCAUCAUCUCUGUGAGAAAAGGUUACAGCUCAUUGAAGAGCUGUGUCUAAAACUCCCGGUCCGGGAUCCAGUCCGGAACACACCUGAGACCUGUCACGUGACUCUCAAGGAGCUCCGGGCUGCCAUUGACAGCACCUAUGCGAAGCUGAUGGAAGACCCGGACAAGUGGAAGGACUACACUAGCAGAAUUUCUGAGUUCUCCGCUUGGAUAUCUGCAAAGGAGACCCAACUGAAGGGGAUUAAGAACGAGGUCAUUGAUACUGCCAACCACGGAGAGGUGAAACGUGCGGUAGAGGAGAUCAGAAACGGUGUUACCAAAAAAGGCGAGACUCUCAGCUGGCUGAAAUCCAGGCUUAAAAUUUUGACUGAAGUUUCUUCUGAGAAUGAAGCCCAAAAGCAAGGAGAUGAGCUGGCAAAAUUAUCCAGUUCCUUCAAGGCUCUCGGGACUUUGUUGUCAGAGGUUGAAAAGAUGUUAAGCACCUUUGGAGACUGCGUCCAGUACAAAGAAAUAGUCAAAAGUUCCCUUGAGGAGUUAAUCACUGGCUCUAAGGAAGUUCAGGAACAAGCUGAGAAGAUCCUGGACACUGAAAAUCUGUUUGAAGCACAGCAGUUACUUCUUCAUCACCAGCAAAAGACAAAGAGGAUCUCUGCAAAGAAGAAGGAUGUUCAGCAGCAGAUUGCGCAGGCUAGGGAGGGAGAAGGUGGGCUGCCCGGCCGAGUCCAAGAGGAGCUGCGGAAGCUGGAGAGCACCCUGGACAGCGUGGAGCACAGCCGGGAGAAGCAGGAGCGCCGCAUCCAGGUCACAUUAAGAAAAUGGGAGAGAUUUGAAACAAACAAAGAGACAGUGGUCAGAUACCUUUUUCAAACAGGUUCCAGCCACGAGCGCUUCUUGAGUUUUAGCAGUUUGGAAAGCUUAUCUUCAGAAUUGGAACAGACAAAGGAGUUUUCUAAGCGAACCAAAGGCAUCGCAGUCCAGGCUGAGAAUCUUGUGAAGGAAGCUUCAGAGAUCCCACUUGGGCCCAAGAAUAAGCAGCUGCUUCAGCAGCAGGCCACGUCAAUCAAAGAGCAAGUCAAAAAAUUAGAAGACACCCUUGAAGAAGAUAUUAAAACCAUGGAAAUGGUGAAAAACAAGUGGGAUCAUUUUGGCAAUAACUUUGAGAGCCUGUCCGUCUGGAUAACCGAGAAAGAAAAGGAACUCAAUGCCUUGGAAACUUCAUCGUCUGCCAUGGACACACAAAGCAACCAAAUUAAGGUCACAAUUCAGGAAAUAGAGUGUAAGAUCAGCAGCAUUACAGGACUAGAAGAAGAAGCUCAGUCUUUUGCUCAGUUUAUUACCACUGGAGAAUCUGCUCGAAUAAAAGCCAAGUUAACACAAAUAAGAAGAUACUGGGAAGAACUCCGGGAACAUGCACAGUGUCUGCAAGGAACAAUCCUGGGACAUUUAUCUCAGCAGCAAAAGUUUGAAGAGAAUCUUAAAAAGAUCCAGCAGUCUGUGUCUGAAUUUGAAGAUAAACUUGCCGAGCCAAUUAAAAUAUGUUCUUCAGCUACAGAAACAUACAAAGUUCUCCAGGAACAUAUGGAUCUCUGUCAGGCCCUGGAAUCACUGAGCAGCACGGUGGCCGCUUUGUCAGCCAGCGCCAGGAAGGUCUCUCACGGGGACUCCUCGGGCCAGGAGGCAGCGGCCCUGCAGCAGAGCUAUGAGGGUCUGCUGUGCCGGGCGAAGGAGAGGCAGACGGCGCUGGAGAAGCUGCUGGCCCACUGGCAGAGGUUGGAGAAGGAACUGUCAACCUUUUUGACUUGGUUAGAACGAUGCGAAGCUAUAGCCAGUUCCCCAGAAGCAGACGUUUCUGCAGACCGAGUCAAAGUGGAGAGCGAACUUCAGUUAAUACAGGCCCUGCAGGAUGAGGUUGUAUCCCAGGCCUCCAUCUACAGCAACUUAUUACAAUUAAAGGAAUCCCUGUUCUCGGUGGCCUCCAAAGAUGAUGUGAAAGUGAUGAAACUCCAUUUGGAGCAGCUGGAUGAGAGAUGGAGAGAUUUGCCACAGAUAAUUAGCAAAAGGAUUAACUUUCUUCAGUCUGUGGUCGCUGAACACCAGCAGUUUGAUGAGCUGCUGCUUUCCUUUUCCGUCUGGAUUAAGCUGUUCCUCAGUGAAAUACAAACUACCUCUGAGAUAAAUGUAAUGGACCAUCAGGCAGCUCUUACUCGGCACAAGGACCACGCAGCAGAAGUAGAGAGCAAAAGGGGAGAACUGCAGAGUCUGCAGGGCCACCUGGCGAAGCUGAGUGCUCGGGGCUGCGCGGAGGACCUCCCGCUCCUGCAGGGCAAAGCGGAGGACUGCUUCCAGCUGUUCGAGGAGGCCAGCCAGGUCGUGGAGAGGCGGCAGCUGGCCCUGUCCCAGCUGGCUGAAUUCCUGCAGAGCCAGGCCUCUCUGUCGGGGGUUCUCCACCGGCUGAGGCAAACGGUGGAAGCGACCAACAGCAUGAACAAGAAACAGUCCGCCUUAUUAGAAAAGGACCUCAGUGAUGCUAUUCGAGAUGUGAAAACCUUAGAAUCGACGGCCAUCAGUCUUGACGGCCUCCUUACCAAAGCCCAAUACCAUCUCAAAGGCGGGAGUUCCGAGCAAAGGACUUCCUGCAGAACUAUAGUCGAUCACCUCUGCUUCGAAUUAGAGAGGAUCCAGAACCUUCUGGGAACCAAGCAGAGUGAGGCAGAUGCCCUGGCAGUGUUGAAAAAAGCAUUCCAAGAUCAGAAAGAAGAGCUGCUGCAAAGCAUUGAGGACAUCGAGGAGAGGACCGACCGAGAGCGGCUCAAGGAACCCACCCGCCAGGCUCUUCAGCAGAGGUUGAGAGUCUUCAAUCAGUUAGAAGAUGAACUGAAUUCUCAUGAGCAUGAACUAUGUUGGCUGAAGGACAAAGCCAAGCAAAUUGCUCAGAAAGAUGUAGCCUUUGCACCUGAAGUCGACCGGGAGAUCAACCGCUUAGAGGUCACCUGGGAUGACACCAAAAGACUAAUUCAUGAAAAUCAGGGUCAAUGCUGUGGACUUAUUGACUUAAUGAGAGAAUAUCAGAAUUUGAAGUCAGCUGUAUCUAAAGUCCUAGAAAACGCCAGCAAUGUGAUUGCAACCAGAACUACUGUAAAAGAUCAGGAGGAUCUUAAGUGGGUUUUAUCCAAGCAUGAAACUGCCAAGAAUGAAAUGUGUAAUAAACAGAAAGAGUUGGAUAACUUUACCAGUAAAGGAAAACAGUUGUUGUCUGAGCUGAAAAAAAUUCACAGUGGUGAUUUCACCUUGGUGAAAACAGACAUGGAAAGCACUGUGGACAAAUGGCUGGAUAUAUCCGAGAAAAUUGAGGAAAACAUGGAUAGGUUGAGGAUGAGCAUGUCCAUCUGGGAUGAUAUACUGACGAGUAAAGAUGAGAUCGACGGCUGGUCCAACAAUUCUGUGCCACAGGUGGCCGAAAGCAUCAGCAAUCUGAAUAACAGCCUCAGAGCAGAAGAAUUCCUGAAAGAAUUUGAGUCUGAGGUUAAAAAGAAAGCAUUGCGAUUAGAAGAACUUCAUUCCAAAGUUAACGAUCUUAAAGAAUUAACUAAAAAUCCAGAAACGCCACCAGACCUUCAGUUUAUAGAAGCCGACUUGAGGCAGAAGCUGGAGCAUGCCAAGGAAAUUACAGAGGAAGCCAAAGGGACCUUGAAAGCGUUCACUGCUCAGAGUGCACAAGUGGAGAAGUUCAUUAGCGACAUCGCGACCUGGCUGACGAAACUAGAAGACUCCCUGAUGAACUGCGCCCAAACUGAGACUUGUGAAGGGCUGAGAAAAGUGAAGGAAAUACAAAAAGAGCUUCAAAGUCAGCAAAGCAACAUCAGCUCCGCCCAAGAAAAUCUCAAUAGCCUGUGCCGCAAGUACCACUCGGUGGAGUUGGAGAGCUUGGGCAGUGCGAUGACCGGGCUGAUUAAGAGACACGAGGCUGUGAGCCAGUCUUGCUCCAAGACGCAGGCCAGCCUUCAGGAGUCGCUGGAAAAACACUUCCAUGAGUCUAUGCAGGAAUUUCAAGAAUGGUUUUCUGGAAUAAAGGCAGCGGCAAAGGAAUCAUCAGAUAGAACCGGGGACAGCAAAGUUCUCGAGGCAAAGCUCCAUGAUCUCCAGAACAUUUUGGACUCAGUCAGUGAUGGGCAGAGCAAGCUUGAUGCCGUGACUCGAGAAGGACAAACUUUGUAUGCGCAUUUGUCUAAACAAAUCGUCGGUAGCAUUCAGGAACAAAUUACAAAGGCUAACGAAGAGUUUCAAGCAUUUCUGCAACAGUGCCUUAAAGACAAACAAGCUCUUCAAGACUGUGCUUUGGAACUUGGGAGCUUUGAAGAUCAGCACAGAAAACUGAACUUAUGGAUCCACGAAAUGGAUGAAAGAUUAAACACGGAAAAUUUAGGAGAGAGUAAGCAGCACAUCCCUGAGAAGAAAAAUGAAGUCCAUAAAAUUGAAAUGUUCCUGGGAGAACUACUGGCUGCAAGAGAGUCUGUGGACAAGCUUUCCCAGAGAGGGCAGCUUCUCAGUGAAGAGGGCCACGGCGCCGGCAAAGAAGGACGCCUGUGCUCCCAGCUCCUCGCCAACUACCAGCACUUACUCCGAAUGACCAAGGAGAGACUCCGCAGCUGCCAGCUGGCCCUGCAGGAGCACGAGGCCCUGGAGGAGGCGCUGCAGAGCAUGUGGUCCUGGGUGAAAGACAUGCAGGACAGGCUGGCCUGUGCAGAGAGCACGGCGGGGAGCAAAGAUGCCUUGGAGAGACGGCUGUUACAAGUGCAGGAGAUUCUUCUGAUGAAAGGGGAAGGAGAAGUUAAGCUGAACAUGGCCAUUGGCAAAGGGGAACAGGCCUUGAGGAGCAGCAACAAGGAAGGUCAGCAGGUGAUUCAGACUCAGCUACAGACCCUUCAAGACGUCUGGGCAAACAUCAUGAGCUCCUCCGUCCAUGCUCAGAGCACGUUAGCAUCUGUGAUUAGCCAAUGGAAUGACUAUCUAGAGUGGAAAAACCAGUUGGAGCAGUGGAUGGAAGAAGUGGAUCAGAAAGUAGAACAUCCUUUGCAACUGCAGCCUGGUCUGAAAGAGAAGUUUUCGCUUCUGGACCAUUUUCAGUCCCUAGUAUCGGAGGCGGAAGAUCACGCUGGAGCCCUGCAGCGGCUCGUUGCCAAGGCCAGGGAGCUUUACCAGAAGACUGAGGAUGAGUCAUUCAAGGAGACCGCUCAAGAGGAACUGAAAACACAGUUCAAUGAUAUAAUGACAGUUUCUAAGGAGAAAAUGAGGAAAGCAGAAGAGGUUGUGAAAGAUCAUCUCAUGUAUUUAGACGCAGUCCAGGAAUUCACAGAUUGGCUCCAUUCGGCAAAAGAAGAACUUCAUCGGUGGUCAGAUAUGUCUGGAGAUUCAUCAGCCACCCAGAAAAAGCUAUCUAAAAUUAAGGAGCUGAUGGAUUCCAGAGAGGUUGGUGCAAGCCGCCUAAGCCGAGUGGAGUCGCUGGCCCCUGCAGUGAAACAGAACACAACUGCCGGUGGCUGCGAGCUCUUGGACACGGAGAUGCAGGCCCUGCGUGCCGACUGGAAGCAGUGGGAAGACAGCGUAUUCCAAACGCAGACCAGCUUGGAGAACCUGGUGAGCCAAAUGGCCCUCUCGGAGCAGGAAUUCUCGGGCCAAGUGGCUCAACUGGAGCAGGCCCUGGACCAGUUCGGUGCCCUCCUGACAAGCUGGGCUCAGCAGUUAGCUCUCCUGGAAGGCAAGAACACUGAUAAGGAGAUCGUGGAAUGCUGGCAGAAGGGACGGGAGAUACUGGAUGCUCUACAAAAAGCAGAGCCUCAGACAGAGGAUCUCAAGUGUCAGCUGAAUGAACUGUGUCGAUUUUCCAGAGACCUCAGUACAUACAGCGGAAAAGUUUCUGCCUUGAUUAAAGAAUAUAAUUGUCUUUGUUUACAAGCAUCCAAAGGCUGUCAGAAUAAAGAACAGAUUUUACAGCAAAGAUUCCGAAGAGCCUUCAAGGAUUUCCAACAGUGGUUGGUUAAUGCAAAAAUCACUACUGCCAAAUGUUUCGAUAUACCUCAAAAUAUUAAUGAAGUUUCAACAAGUCUUCAGAAAAUACAGGAAUUUUUGUCAGAAAGUGAAAAUGGACAACACAAACUCAACACAAUGGUUUCCAAAGGAGAACUUUUGAGUACUCUAUUGACCAAAGAGAAAGCGAGUGGCAUCCAGGCCAAAAUUGCAACUGCAAAAGAAGAUUGGAAAAAUUUUCAUUCAAAUCUGCACCAAAAGGAAUCUGCUCUGGAGAAUCUAAAGAUCCAAAUGAAGGACUUUGAAGUCAGUGCUGAGCCUGUGCAGGAGUGGCUGAGUAAAACCGAGAAGAUGGUGCGUGAAAGCAGCGAUCGCCUGUAUGAUCUGCCAGCGAAGAGGCGAGAACAGCAGAGGCUGCAGUCUGUCCUUGAGGAAAUAAACUGCUACGAGCCUCAGCUCCACAGGCUGAAAGAGAAAGCUCAGCAGCUGUGGGAGGGCCAAGCUGCCAGCAGGAGCUUUCUGCACAGAGUGUCCCAGCUGUCUUCUCAGUAUCUAGCGCUAAGCAAUUUCACCAAGGAGAAGGUGUCAAGACUGGAUAGAGUUGUGGCAGAGCACAAUCAGUUCUCCCUGGCGAUGAAAGACCUGCAAGACUGGAUGACGGACGCGGUUCACAUGCUGGACUCGUAUUGCCACCCCACCUCGGACAAGAGCGUGCUGGACAGCAGGAUGCUCAAGCUGGAGGCUCUGUUAUCGGUGAAACAGGAAAAAGAGAUCCAGAUGAAAAUGAUAGUGACCAGAGGGGAGUCUGUCCUACAGAACACCUCUCCCGAAGGCAUUCCUGCCAUCCAGCAGCAGCUGCAGAGUGUGAAGGAUUUGUGGGCGUCCCUUUUGUCUGCAGGGAUCCGCUGUAAAAGCCAACUGGAGGGCGCUCUUUCCAAGUGGACCAGUUAUCAGGAUGACGUUCGGCAGUUUUCCAGUUGGAUGGACGGCGUGGAGGCCCAGCUGAAUGACCCCGAAAGGCAGUUCGCAGAACUGCGGGCGAAAACCGCGGCGCUCGGGAAAGCCAAGCUAUUAAAUGAAGAAGUGCUGAGUCACAGCAGCUUGCUGGAGACCAUUGAAGUCAAAGGAGCUGGCAUGACGGAGCACUAUGUCACCCAGUUAGAAUUCCAGGACCUGCAGGAACGAUACAACACAAUCAGAGAGCGGGCCAAGGAAGCAGUAACCAAGUUUGAAAAACUGGUUCGCCUGCACCAAGAGUAUCAGAGAGACCUGAAGGCCUUUGAAGCUUGGCUGGGCCAAGAGCAAGAAAAGCUUGAGCGAUAUUCAGUUCUUGAAGGCGAUGCCCACACUCAUGAAGCAACAUUGCGGGAUCUUCAGGAGCUCCAGGUGCACUGCGCAGAGGGACAGGCCCUGUUGAAUUCAGUACUGCACAGCCGAGAGGAAGUGAUACCUUCGGGCAUCCCCCAGACGGAGGACCGGGCUCUGGAGUCGCUGCGGCAGGACUGGCAGGCUUACCAGCAGAGGCUGUCUGAGACCCGAACCCAGUUCAACAACAUAGUCAAUAAGCUGAGACUGAUGGAGCAGAAGUUUCAGCACGUAGAUGAGUGGCUAAAAAUCCUGGAGGAGAAAGUGAGUCUCCAGACUGGACGUCAGUCUACCCGGGCCGCCAAGGAGAUACAGUUACAUCAGAUGAAGAAGUGGCAUGAAGAAGUCACUGCUUACAGAGAUGAAGUGGAGGACGUGGGGGCCAGAGCACAGGAGAUCCUGGACGAGAGUCACGUGAGCAGCCGCAUGGGCUGCCAGGCCACCCAGCUGACCUCCAGAUACCAAGCCCUUCUCCUCCAAGUGCUGGAACACAUCACAUUCCUGGAGGAAGAGAUCCAGAGUUUGGAGGAAUCAGAAUUAUCCUUAAGUUCCUAUUCUGAUUGGUACAGCUCUACUCACAAAAACUUCAAAAACGUGGCUGCCAAAAUUGAUAAAGUCGACAAAGUGAUGAUGGGGAAAAAAAUGAAGACACUGGAGGGUUUGCUAAAAGACAUGGAGAAAGGCCACAGUUUGCUGAAAUCAGCCCGAGAAAAAGGAGAGAGAGCUCUUAAAUACUUGGAAGAUGGUGAGGCAGAGGCCUUAAAAAAAGAGAUCCACGACCACGUGGAGCAAUUGAAGGAACUGACCAGCACUGUCCGGAAGGAGCACCUGACUCUGGAAAAAGGCCUGCAUUUAACGAAGGAAUUCUCAGACAAAUACAAAGCACUAACUCAGUGGCUAGCAGAAUACCGGGAAAUCCUGCACAUUCCUGAAGAACCCAAAAUGGAAUUAUAUGAGAAGAAAGCUCAACUAUCUAAAUACAAGUCACUUCAGCAAACAGUACUGUCCCAUGAACCAUCAGUAAAAUCAGUGAGAGAGAAAGGCGAAGCCCUUCUGGAACUGGUGCAGGAUGUUACUUUAAAGGACAAGAUAGAUCAGCUCCAGAGUGAUUACCAGGACCUCUGCAGUGCAGGAAAGGCGCAUGUCUGCAGUCUGGAGGCGAAGGUCAGAGACCACGAAGAUUACAACGGGGAGCUCCAAGAAGUGGAGAAGUGGCUGCUGCAGAUGUCGGGUAGGCUGGUGGCGCCCGACCUCAUGGAGACCAGCAGUCUAGAGACAAUCACCCAGCAGCUGGCCCACCACAAGGCCAUGAUGGAAGAAAUUGCUGGUUUUGAAGACCGUUUGAAUAACCUUAAAAUUAAAGGUGACAAUUUGAUCAGCCAGUGUGCAGACCACCUUCAGGCAAAACUGAAACAAAAUGUACACACUCAUCUGCAGGGCACAAAGGAUAGUUACUCAGCAAUCUGCAGCACAGCCCAGAGGGUGUACCAGAGUUUGGAACAUGAACUUCAGAAGCAUGUUAGCCGACAAGACACGCUGCAGCAGUGCCAGGCCUGGCUUUCCGCGGUCCAGCCAGAUCUAAAGCCAAGCCCCCAUCCUCCUCUGAGCAGGGCAGAAGCUGUCAAGCAGGUCAAGCACUUCAGAGCUUUGCAGGAACAGGCAAGGACCUACUUAGAUCUCCUUUGCUCCAUGUGCGACUUGUCGAACUCUUCAGUGAAAACCACAGCAAAAGAUAUUCAACAAACAGAGCAAAUGAUUGAACAAAGGCUUGAGCAGGCGCAGAACCUAACUCAGGGCUGGGAGGAGAUCAAGCACAUGAAGGCAGAGCUUUGGAUUUACCUCCAGGAUGCCGAUCAGCAGCUGCAGAAUAUGAAGAGGAGGCACUCAGAACUGGAGCUAAAUAUUGCCCAGAACAUGGUGUCUCAAGUAAAGGAUUUUGUUAAGAAACUACAGUGCAAACAGGCAUCAGUGGCCACUAUCACAGAGAAGGUGGAUGAGUUAACCAAGAAGCAGGAAUCUCCUGAACACAAGGAAAUAAGUCAUUUAAACGACCAGUGGCUGGAUCUGUGCCUUCAGUCCAACGACCUGUGCUUGCAAAGGGAAGAGGAUCUCCAGAGGACCCGAGACUACCACGGCUGUAUGAAUGUUGUCGAAGCGUUCUUAGAAAAAUUUACUACAGAAUGGGACAACUUAGCCAGAUCUGAUGCAGAGAGUACAGCUGUCCACUUGGAAGCUCUGAAAAAGUUAGCCUUGGCAUUGCAGGAGAGGAAGCAGGCUGUCGAAGAUCUGAAAGAGCGAAAGCAGAGAAUGAUAGAACAUCUGAACUUAGAUGACAAAGAACUAGUCAAAGAACAGACGAGUCACCUUGAGCAACGCUGGUUUCAGCUGGAGGACCUCGUGAAAAGGAAAAUCCAAGUGUCUGUCACCAACCUGGAGGAGCUAAACGUGGUUCGGUCCAGAUUUCAGGAGCUAACGGAGUGGGCGGAAGAGCAGCAGCCCAACAUCGCCGGCCUCAAGCAGAGCCCGCCGCCCGACAUGGCGCAGAGCCUGCUCAUGGAUCACCUUGCCAUCUGCAGUGAACUGGAGGCCAAACAGAUGCUCCUGAAGUCCCUCAUGAAGGACGCCGACAGGGUGAUGGCCGAUCUUGGCCUGAAUGAGAGGCAGCUGAUCCAGAAGGCGCUGUCUGAUGCGCAAAGGCACGUGAACAGUCUCGGCGAGUUGGUGGGCCAGAGGCGAAAGUACUUAAACAAGGCCUUGUCCGAGAAAACCCAGUUUCUCAUGGCGGUGUUCCAGGCGACCAGCCAGAUUCAGCAACACGAGCGCAAGAUAAUGUUCCGUGAGCACAUCUGCCUGUUACCGGAUGACGUGAGCAAACAAGUGAAAACAUGUAAGAGUGCACAAGCCAGCCUCAAGACGUACCAGAAUGAAGUCACCGGACUUUGGGCCCAGGGUCGCGAAUUCAUGAAAGGAGCCACAGAGCAAGAGAAGAGCGAGGUGCUGGGGAAGCUCCAGGAAUUGCAGAGCGUCUAUGACACUGUUUUGCAGAAGUGCAACCAUCGGCUACAGGAACUGGAGAAAAAUUUGGUUUCUAGGAAGCAUUUUAAAGAAGAUUUCGAUAAAGCCUGUCACUGGCUAAAACAAGCAGACAUCGUUACAUUUCCUGAAAUCAACCUCAUGAACGAGAGUGCUGAGCUCCAUACCCAACUGGCCAAGUACCAGCACAUUCUAGAACAAUCUCCGGAAUAUGAAAAUCUCCUCCUGACACUGCAGAGAACCGGACAGGCCAUCCUGCCAUCGCUGAAUGAGGUCGACCAUUCCUACCUCAACGAGAAGCUCAACGCCCUGCCUCUGCAAUUUAAUGUCAUCGACCUGGCCAAAGACAAGUUCUAUAAAAUCCAAGAAGCGAUCCUUGCUCGGAAAGAAUACGCUUCCUUGAUUGAGUUGACAGCCCAGGCUCUGAGUGAACUCGAAGACCAGUUCUCAAAGAUGAGCCAAGUCCCCACCGACCUGAGCGUCCAAGAGGCCCUGUCUCUUGAGGAAGGUUGCCGCGCUCUCGCGGGAGAGGUGGUGGGCCUGGCAGAAGCAGUGGAUGAACUGAACCAGAAGAAAGAAAGCUUCCGCAGCACAGGUCAGCCGUGGCAGCCAGACAAGUUGCUGCCUCUGGUCACCCUGUACCACAGGCUGAAGCGACAGGCGGAACACAGGGUGAGCUUGUUGGAGGACACCACCAGCGCUUAUCAAGAGCACGAAAAGAUGUGCCAGCAGCUAGAGAGGCAGCUGGAGGCUGUGAAGACGGAGCAGUCCAAGGUGAAUGAGGAGACGCUUCCUGCCGAGGAGAAGCUCAAAUUGUAUCACUCCCUGGCGGGAAGCCUCCAGGAUUCAGGAAUUCUGCUAAAACGAGUGACGGUGCAUCUUGAAGAUCUUGUCCCGCACCUCGAUCCCUCGGCAUACGAGAAAGCCAAGCAUCGGAUCCAGUCCUGGCAAGAGGAGGUGAAGCUGUUGACGUCUGCCGUGGGCGCCACGGUGACCGAGUGCGAGAGCCGCCUGGUGCAGAGCCGAGACUUCCAGACCGAGCUGAGCCGCUCGCUGGACUGGCUGAGGGGCGUGAGGGCAGAGCUGAGUGGGCCGCUGUGCCUGGACCUGAGCCUGCGGGACAUCCAGGAGGAGAUCAGAAAGGUCCAGAUCCAUCAGGAGGAGGUGCAGUCCAGCCUGAGGAUAAUGACCGCCCUGGGUGACAAGGAGAAGGAGAGAUUCACCAGAGCCAAGGAGCUGAUUUCUGCCGACCUGCAGCACACGCUGACCAAGCUCUCGGAGCUGGACCAAGACGUGCAGGAAGCUCUACGCACCAGACAGGCUUCCCUGACUCAGAUAUACAGUCAGUGUCAAAGGUUUUAUCAAGUAUUUCAAGCAGCUAGUGACUGGCUUGAGGACGCUCACGAGAUGUUACAGCUGACAGGCAAUGGCCUAGACGUGGAGAGUGCAGAGGAAAGUCUCAAAAGCCACAUGGAGUUUUUUAGUACUGAGGAUCAGUUCCACAGCAAUCUGGAGGAGCUCCACGGCCUGGUAGCCGACCUGGACCCUCUCAUCAAGCCAACUGGGAAAGAGGACCUCACACAGAAAAUGGCUUCUCUGGAAGAGAAGAGCCAGAGAAUGAUACAGGAUUCGCAUGCCCAGUUGGAUCUCUUGCAGAGAUGUGCAGCUCAAUGGCAGGAUUACCAGAAAGCCAGGGAAGAAGUCACCGAACUGAUGAAUGAUGCAGAAACGAAACUGUCCGAGUUUUCUUUAUCGAAGACUUCUUCCAGCCAUGAAGCAGAAGAAAAAUUGUCAGAACACAAGGCUUUAGUGUCAGUAGUUACCUCUUUUCAUGAGAAAAUCGUGGCCUUAGAGGGUAAGGCUUCAGAACUGGAAAGAAUGGGAAAUGACGCCAGCAAAGCAACCAUCAGCAGAUCGAUGACGGCUGUCUGGCAGCGCUGGACUCGGCUCCGCGCUGUGGCCCGGGACCAGGAGAAGAUCCUGGAAGAUGCAGUGGAUGAGUGGAAGAGCUUUAGCAAUAAGGUUAAAAAAGCCACUGAAAUGAUUGAUCAGCUGCAAGAGAAAUUACCGGGAAGUUCAGCAGAGAAAGCUUCAAAAGCAGAGCUCUUAACUCUUCUUGAAUAUCAUGACACACUCACUCUGGAGCUGGAACAGCAACAGUCAGCCUUAGGGAUGCUGCGGCAACAAGCAGUGAGCAUGCUCCAGGAUGGGGCCCCGCCGGCCCCUGGAGGGGAGCCACCUGCCCUACAGGAAAUCAUGGCAAUGCAAGACCGAUGCCUGAACUUGCAGGAGAAGGUGAAGCAGGAUGGAAAGGUAGUAAAGCAGGAGGUGAAGGAGCGAGAAGUGGUGGAGACCCAGAUCAAUUCAGUAAAAUCUUGGGUUCAGGAAACAAAGGAAUAUUUGGGGAAUCCAACCAUAGAAAUAGAUGCUCAACUUGAAGAACUUAAGGUUCUCCUGACAGAAACAGCACAUCACAGACAGAACAUGGAGAAAAUGGCUGAAGAACAGAAGAAUAAGUACCUUGGUCUUUAUAUAUUACCUUCCGAAGUCUCCCUUCAGCUUGCUGAAGUGGCCUUGGACCUAGGAACUAUCCAUGAUCAGAUCCAAGACAAAGUGAAAGAAGUCGAACAGAGCAAGGCCAUGAGUCAGGAAUUCAGCCGGCAAAUUCAGAAGAUAGCCAAAGAUCUCACAACUAUUCUAACCAAGCUGAGAGCAAAGACAGAUGACUUAGUUCAAGCUAAAACGACCAAAAGUUACAUCUGUGUUCGCACUCUGCUGCUGAGUAAAGUGACUAAUCCCUUUUGGCUGCUAGGAGAGGAAUUAGAUGGCUGUAACUUAAAGUUAAUGGAACUAGAUGAAGCAAUACAGAAAUUCUCAGAACAGAAUGGCCAACUGGGUAAACCACUGGCCAAGAAGAUAGGAAAACUGACCGAACUUCACCAGCAGACCGUGAGACAGGCUGAGAACCGGAUCUCCAAGCUCAGCCAGGCAGCAUUCCAUUUAGAAGAAUACAAUGAAAUGCUUGGGUUAAUCCUGAAGUGGAUUGAGAGAGCUAAAGUCUUGGUACAUGGAAAGAUUGUCUGGAAUUCCGCGAGCCAACUUCGGGAACAGUACAUUUCCCAUCAGACCAUGCUAGAAGAAUCGGAAGAGAUUCACAAUGAUCUGGAAGCAAUGGCUGAGAAAUUACAGGCCCUCGAUAGCGUGUACCUUACAGAAAAAAUGUCUCAGCAAGUGGUGGACCUGGGCCGAGAGACUGAGGAGUUGCGGCAGAUGAUCAAAAUCCGUUUGCAGAAUCUCCAUGAUGCGGCCAAGGAUAUGAAGAAAUUUGAAACAGAGCUCAGAAACUUGCAAGUUGCUCUGGAGCAAGCCCAGACAACCCUGACUUCUCCAGAAGUUGGACGUCUUAGUCUCAAGGAGCAACUCUCUCACAGACAGCAUUUGCUGUCUGAGAUGGAGUCCCUGAAGCCUAAAGUCCAGGCGGUGCAGAUCUGCCAGAGCGCGCUCCGGAUCCCCGAGGAUGCGGUCACCAGCCUGCCGCUCUGCCACGCUGCCCUGCGACUGCAGGAGGAGGCCAGCCGGCUCCAGCACACCGCCAUCCAGCAGUGCAACAUCAUGCAGGAGGCUGUGGUGCAGUAUGAACAAUAUGAGCAAGAAAUGCAGCACCUCCAGGAGCUCAUAGAAGGAGCUCACAGAGAGAUCGAGGAUAAGCCUGUGGCCACCAGCAACAUCCAAGAGCUGCAAGCCCAGAUUUCUCGGCAUGAGGAGCUGGCUCAGAAAAUCAAGGGCUACCAGGAGCAGAUCGCCUCUCUGAACUCCAAGUGCAAGAUGCUGACCAUGAAAGCCAAGCACGCCACCAUGCUGCUGACGGUGACCGAGGUGGAGGGGCUGGCGGAGGGGACGGAGGACCUGGACGGGGAGCUCCUCCCCGCGACCUCGGCCCACCCCUCUGUGGUCAUGAUGACUGCGGGUCGCUGUCACACUUUGCUGUCACCUGUCACUGAGGAGUCUGGGGAGGAGGGAACCAACAGUGAGAUUUCUUCUCCACCUGCCUGUCGCUCCCCUUCACCUGUGGCUAAUACAGAGGCUUCUGUUAAUCAGGACAUCGCUUAUUACCAAGCCUUGUCUGCAGAGAGGUUGCAGACAGAAGCCGCCAGGAUCCCCCCCAGCACAUUGCCCUCACGGGAGCUCUACGAGCCGGGACUGGAGCCAUCGGCUACUGCUAAGCUGGAUGAUUUGCAGCGCUCUUGGGAAACCUUAAAGAAUGUGAUCAGCGAAAAGCAGCGCACGCUCUAUGAAGCGCUGGAGCGCCAGCAGAAGUACCAGGACUCCCUGCAGUCCAUCUCCACGAAAAUGGAAGCCGUCGAGAUGAAACUCAGCGAGAGUCUCGAGCAUGGCAGGAGUCCAGAGAGCCAGAUGGCCGAACACCAGGCUUUGAUGGAUGAGAUUCUCAUGCUCCAAGAGGAAAUCCGAGAGCUGCAGGCGGCCCUCGCAGAGGAGCUGGUGUCCGAGGCCCCCGAGUCCGACCCCGCGGAGCAGCUGGCCUUGCAGUCCACGCUCACCGUCCUGGCAGAGCGAAUGUCCACCAUCAAGAUGAAGGCGGCAGGGAAACGGCAGCUUUUGGAGGAGAAGUUAAAUGAUCAGUUGGAAGAACAGAGACAGGAGCAGGCCCUGCAGAGGUAUCGCUGUGAAGCCGACGAGCUGGACCACUGGCUCCUGAGCACGAAAGCCACUCUGGACAUUGCACUGGGAACACCCAAGGAGCCCAUGGACAUGGAGGCCCAGCUGGUGGACUGCCAGAACAUGUUGGUGGAAAUAGAGCAGAAGGUGGUGGCCUUAUCAGAGCUCUCAGUCCACAAUGAAAACCUGCUGCUGGAGGGCAAGGCACACACCAAGGAUGAGGCUGAGCAGCUGGCGGGGAAACUGAAAACCCUCAAGGGCAGCCUCCUGGAGCUGCAGAGGGCGCUGCAUGACAAGCAGCUCCACAUGCAGGGAACAGCCCAGGAGAAGGAGGAGACUGAUGCUGACCUGGCUGCCACUCAGAGCCCUGGGGUUCAGGAAUGGCUGGCUCAAGCCCGGACUGCGUGGACCCACCAGCGACAGAGCAGUCUCCAGCAACAAAAAGAGUUGGAGCAGGAAUUAGCAGAGCAGAAAAGCCUCCUCCGGUCAGUAGCCAGUCGUGGGGAAGAAAUUCUAACUCAACAUUCAGCUGCAGAGACUGCUGGUGGUGUUGGCGAAAAACCUGAUGUGUUAUCCCAGGAGUUGGGGAUGGAAGGGGAGAAGGCACCCGCUGAAGACCAGAUGAGAGUGAAAUGGGAAAGCCUACAUCAAGAAUUUAGCACCAAGCAGAAACUGCUUCAGAAUGUUCUGGAACAGGAACAAGAGCCAGUGCUUUACAGGCGGCCAAAUCGGCUCCUGUCUGGUGUGCCGCUGUACAAAGGGGACGGGCAGGCCCAGGAUAAAGCUGCCGUGACAUCGCUGCUGGAUGGAUUGAACCAGGCCUUCGAGGAGGUUUCCUCCCAGGGUGGAGGGACAAAGAGGCAGAGCAUUCACUUGGAACAGAAGCUGUAUGACGGGGUCUCAGCUACCUCUACGUGGUUGGAUGACGUGGAGGAACGUUUGUUUGUUGCUACAGCACUUUUACCAGAAGAGACGGAAACGUGCCUCUUCAACCAAGAGACUCUUGCCAAAGAUAUCAAGGAAAUGUCUGAAGAAAUGGAUAAGAACAAGAACUUGUUUUCCCAAGCCUUUCCAGAGAAUGGCGACAAUCGAGAUGUUAUCGAAGACACUCUGGGUUGUCUUUUGGGCAGGUUGUCUUUGCUGGACUCAGUAGUAAAUCAGCGAUGCCAUCAGAUGAAGGAAAGACUUCAGCAAAUACUGAAUUUCCAGAAUGACCUGAAGGUGCUGUUUACAUCACUGGCUGACCACAAGUACAUCAUUCUGCAGAAACUGGCAAAUGUCUUUGAACAACCUGUGGCAGAGCAAAUAGAGGCAAUACAGCAGGCUGAAGAUGGGCUGAAGGAGUUGGAUGCCGGAAUCACUGAACUAAAAAGGCGUGGUGACAAGUUGCAGAUUGAGCAGCCUUCUGUGCAAGAACUCUCCAAACUCCAGGACAUGUAUGAUGAGCUGAUGGUGACCAUUGGCUCGCGGCGGAGUGGACUGAACCAAAAUCUUGCGCUCAAGAGUCAGUAUGAAAGGGCCCUACAAGAUCUGGCUGACCUGCUAGAAACUGGACAAGAGAAGAUGGCAGGAGACCAGAAGAUUAUCGUCUCUUCCAAGGAGGAAAUCCAACAACUACUUGACAAACAUAAGGAAUACUUUCAGGGCCUGGAGUCUCAUAUGAUCUUGACCGAAACACUCUUCAGGAAGAUAAUCAGCUUCGCAGUCCUGCAGGAAACUCAGAACCACACAGAGCUGAUGGCGCAGGCUUCAGCGGUGCUCAAGAGGGCUCACAAGCGGGGCGUGGAGUUGGAGUACAUUCUAGAGACAUGGUCCCAUCUGGAUCAGGACCACCGGGAGCUCCGCAGGCAGCUGGAGAUGGUGGAGAGCAGCAUCCCAAGCGUGGGCCUGGUGGAGGAGAGUGAGGACAGGCUCAUCGACCGGAUAACACUUUACCAGCACUUGAAAUCCAGCCUUAACGAAUAUCAGCCCAAGUUAUAUCAGGUCCUAGAUGAUGGCAAAAGACUUCUCAUGUCUGUUAGCUGCUCAGAUCUAGAAAGUCAGCUCAAUCAGCUUGGAGAACACUGGUUAAAUGAUACCAACAAGGUGGCCAAGGAACUUCACAGACUGGAAACAAUACUGAAACACUGGACCAGAUAUCAAAGGGAAUCUUCAGAUCUAAUCCACUGGUUACAGUCUGCAAAAGACAGGCUGGAAUUUUGGACUCAGCAGUCUGUGACAGUCCCGCAAGAACUGGAAAUGGUCCGUGAUCAUCUGAACGCUUUUCUGGAGUUUUCCAAAGAGGUAGAUGCCAAAUCCACCCUGAAAUCAUCUGUUCUGAGCACUGGAAAUCAGCUCCUUCGAUUAAAGAAAGUGGACACAGCUGCCCUGCGCUCCGAGCUGUCACACAUCGAUAGCCAGUGGAAUGGCCUGCUGACCAAUAUCCCAGCCGUACAGGAAAAGCUCCACCAGCUCCAGAUGGACAAGCUGCCUUCUCGCCACGCCAUUUCUGAAGUCAUGGCUUGGAUUUCUCUCAUGGAAAAUGUUAUCCAAAAAGAUGAAGAGCAUAUAAAAAAUUCCAUCGGUUACAAGGCAAUUCAUGAAUACCUUCAGAAAUAUAAGGGUUUUAAGAUCGACAUUAACUGUAAGCAGCUGACAGUUGAUUUUGUGAACCAAUCCGUGCUCCAAAUCAGCAGUCAGGACGUGGAAAGUAAACGCAGCGAUAAGACCGAUUUUGCUGAGCAACUUGGGGCAAUGAAUAAAAGCUGGCAAAUCCUGCAGGGUCUAGUAACUGAGAAGAUUCAGCUGUUGGAAGGCUUGUUGGAAUCUUGGUCAGAGUAUGAAAAUAACGUACAAUGUAUGAAGACUUGGUUUGAAACCCAGGAAAAGAGACUGAAACAACAACAUCGCAUUGGAGAUCAGGCUUCAGUCCAGAACUCGUUGAAAGAUUGCCAGGAUCUGGAAGAUUUGAUUAAAGCAAAAGAAAAAGAGGUGGAGAAAAUUGAGCAGAAUGGACUUGCUUUGAUUCAGAACAAGAAAGAAGAAGUUUCUGGCAUUGUCAAGAGCACGCUGCAGGAGCUCAACCAAACCUGGGCAAAUUUGGACCACAAGGCUGGGCAAUUAAAGAUCCUGUUGAAGUCCGUGCUUGAUCAGUGGAGCCACCACAAAGUGGCCUUUGAUGAGAUAAACAGCUUCCUCACGGAGGCCAGAUACUCUCUUUCUCGAUUCCGUCUGCUGACCGGCUCUUUAGAAGCUGUGCAGGUUCAGGUAGACAAUCUUCAGAAACUUCAAGAUGAUCUGGAAAAACAAGAGAAUAGCUUAGAGAAAUUCGGCUCUGUCACCAACCAACUGUUAAAAGAAUGUCACCCGCCUGUGACAGAAACGCUGACCAAUACACUGAAAGAAGUCACUAUGAGAUGGAAUAACUUGCUGGAAGAGAUGGCUGAGCAGCUGCACUCCAGCAAGGCCCUGCUUCAGCUUUGGCAACGAUACAAGGACUACUCCAAACAGUGCGCCUCUGCGGUUCAACAGCAGGAGGCUCGAGCCAAGGAGCUCUUGAAGGCGGCCACGAGCAAGGACAUUGCUGACGAUGAAGUUGCCACAUGGAUCCAAGAUUGCAACGACCUCCUCAGAGGACUGGGGACAGUGAACGAUUCCCUUUUCGUUCUCCAUGAGCUGGGAGAGCAACUCAAGCAACAAGUGGACGCUUCGGCAGCAUCAGCCAUUCAGUCUGAUCAACUGUCUUUGAGUCAACAGCUAAGUGCCCUGGAACAGGCUCUUUGCAAACAGCAGACCACGUUACAGGCCGGGGUUCUUGACUAUGAAACCUUUACCAAGAGUUUAGAAGCUUUGGAGGCCUGGAUAGAAGAAGCUGAAGAAAUCCUGCAGGGACAGGACCCUAGCCACUCCUCUGACCUCUCAACCAUCCAGGAAAGGAUGGAGGAACUUAAGGGACAGAUGCUAAAAUUCAGCAGCUUGGUCCCAGAUUUAGACCGUCUAAAUGAGCUUGGCUAUAGGUUGCCCCUGAAUGAUAAAGAAAUCAAAAGGAUGCAGAAUCUGAACCGGCACUGGUCUCUGAUCUCUUCUCAGACUACAGAAAGAUUCAGUAAGUUACAGUCAUUUUUGCUACAACAUCAGACUUUCUUGGAAAAAUGUGAAACAUGGAUGGAAUUCCUGGUUCAAACGGAACAGAAGUUAGCCGUAGAGAUUUCAGGCAAUUAUCAGCAUCUUUUGGAGCAGCAGAGGGCACACGAGUUGUUUCAAGCAGAGAUGUUCAGUCGUCAGCAGAUCUUGCACUCGAUUAUCGCUGAUGGGCAGCAUCUUCUAGAACAAGGUCAAGUGGAUGACAGGGAUGAGUUCAACCUGAAAUUGACACUCCUGAGUAACCAGUGGCAGGGGGUGAUCCGCAGGGCCCAGCAGAGGCGGGGCAUCAUCGACAGCCAGAUUCGCCAGUGGCAGCGCUACAGGGAGAUGGCUGAAAAGCUUCGGAAAUGGUUGGUCGAAGUGUCCUAUCUGCCCACGAGUGGUCUCGGAAGUGUCCCCAUACCGCUGCAGCAAGCAAGGACCCUCUUUGAUGAAGUGCAGUUCAAAGAAAAAGUGUUCCUGCGACAGCAAGGCAGCUACAUUCUCACCGUGGAGGCUGGCAAGCAGCUCCUGCUCUCCGCCGACAGUGGCGCUGAGGCCGCCUUGCAGGCCGAACUCGCUGAAAUCCAAGAGAAAUGGAAAUCAGCCAGUGUGCAUCUGGAGGAGCAGAAGAAAAAACUGGCCUUCUUGUUGAAAGACUGGGAGAAAUGCGAGAACGGAAUAGCGGAUUCCCUGGAGAAACUGCGAACUUUCAAAAAGAGGCUUUCCCAACCCCUGCCAGAUCACCAUGAAGAACUUCACGCUGAGCUCAUGCGUUGCAAGGAAUUGGAGAAUGCGGUUGGGAGCUGGACGGAUGACCUGGCACAGCUGGCACUGCUGAAGGACACUCUCUGUGCCUACAUCAGUCCCGACGACAUCUCCAUCCUUAACGAACGCAUGGAGCUUCUGCAAAGGCAGUGGGAGGAACUCUGCCACCAGCUCUCCUUAAGGCGGCAGCAAGUAAGUGAGAGAUUGAAUGAAUGGGCCGUCUUCAGUGAAAAGAACAAGGAGCUUUGCGAAUGGUUGACUCAGAUGGAAAGCAAGGUUUCUCAGAAUGGAGACAUCCUCAUUGAAGACAUGAUUGAGAAGCUCAGGAAGGAUUAUCAAGAGGAAAUUGCUAUUGCCCAAGAGAACAAAAUACAGCUCCAGCAAAUGGGAGAGCGACUUGCUCGAGCCAGCCACGAAAGCAAAGCCUCUGAGAUUGAAUACAAGCUCGGGAAGAUCAAUGACCGGUGGCAGCAUCUCCUGGACCUCAUGGCAGCCAGGGUAAAGAAGCUGAAGGAGACCUUGGUUGCUGUGCAGCAGCUGGAUAAGAACAUGAGCAGCCUGAGAACGUGGCUGGCCCACAUCGAGUCAGAGCUGGCCAAGCCGAUAGUCUACGAUUCCUGCAACUCCGAAGAAAUACAGCGAAAGCUGAAUGAGCAGCAGGAGCUCCAGAGAGACAUUGAGAAACACAGCACAGGCGUAGCCUCCGUCCUUAACUUGUGUGAGGUUCUCCUGCACGACUGUGACGCCUGUGCCACGGACGCCGAAUGUGACUCCAUCCAGCAGGCCACAAGAAACCUGGACCGGCGAUGGAGAAAUAUCUGUGCCAUGUCCAUGGAAAGAAGGCUCAAAAUUGAAGAGACGUGGCGAUUGUGGCAGAAGUUUCUGGAUGACUAUUCUCAUUUUGAAGAUUGGCUCAAGGUUUCAGAAAGGAUAGCUGCCUUCCCCAGCUCCUCCGGAGUGCUCUAUACAGUUGCCAAGGAAGAACUAAAGAAAUUUGAGGCUUUCCAGAGGCAGGUCCACGAGACCUUGACCCAGCUGGAACUGAUCAACAAGCAGUACCGUCGCCUGGCCAGAGAGAACCGCACUGACUCCGCCUGCUGCCUGAAACAGAUGGUUCACGAAGGCAACCAGAGAUGGGACGACCUGCAGAAGCGCGUCACCUCCAUCUUGCGCAGACUGAAGCAUUUCAUUGGCCAGCGGGAGGAGUUUGAGACUGCCCGGGACAGCAUCCUGGUGUGGCUGACAGAGAUGGAUCUGCAGCUCACUAAUAUUGAGCAUUUUUCCGAGUGCGAUGUUCAAGCUAAGAUAAAGCAGCUCAAGGCCUUCCAGCAGGAAAUUUCCCUGAACCACAGUAAGAUCGAGCAGAUAAUUGCCCAAGGAGAGCAGCUGAUAGAAAAGAGCGAACCCCUGGACGCGGCGGUCAUUGAAGAGGAGCUGGAUGAACUCCGGCGUUACUGCCAGGAGGUCUUCGGGCGCGUGGAAAGAUACCAUAAGAAACUGAUUCGCCUGCCCCUCCCAGACGAUGAGCACGACCUCUCUGACCAGGAGCUGGAGCUGGCUGAGGCUGAGGCUCUGUCCGACCUCCACUGGCGAGACACCCCCGCGGACAGCGUGCUCUCCCCGCCACCUUCUUCCAACCCCUCCCUCUCACUCGCCCAGCCCCUCCGGAGCGAGAGGUCCGGGAGAGACACCCCGGCCAGUGUGGACUCCAUCCCUCUGGAGUGGGACCAUGACUAUGACCUCAGCCGUGACCUGGAGUCUGCUGUGUCCAGAACGCUGCCCUCUGAGGACGAAGAGGGCCAGGAGGAGAAAGAUUUCUACCUCAGGGGAGCCGUUGGCCUCUCAGAUGUAAUGAUCCCUGAAAGUCCUGAGGCCUAUAUUAAACUCACAGAAAGUGCCAUCAGAAAUACCUCUGGGGAUCCCAGCGCCUUAGAGUCGCAGAUCCGACAGCUGGGCAAAGCCCUGGAUGACAGCCGCUUUCCGAUGCUUCCUGCGGAGACUGCCCUCCGCAGCAAGACCCCCCCAGGACCGGAGCUAGACUCCAGCUACAGAGGUUACAUGAAGCUUCUGGGCGAAUGCAGCGGCAGUAUAGACUCCGUGAAGAGACUGGAACACAAGCUGGCAGAGGAGGAGCAGCAUUUUCCCGGCUUUGUUAACCUGAACAGCACUGAAUCCCAAACAGCUGGUGUGAUUGACCGCUGGGAGCUCCUCCAGGCCCAGGCCCUGAGCAAGGAGCUGAGGAUGAAGCAGAACCCCCAGAGGCGGCAGCAGUUCGACUCGGACCUGAACAGCCUCCUGGCCUGGCUGAGGGAGACGGAGGAGGAACUGGAACAGCUCCAGCGCCUGCAGCUCAGCACCGACAUUCAGUCCAUCGCACUCCAAAUCCAAAAGCUCAAGGAGCUACAGAAAGCCGUGGACCACCGGAAAGCCAUCAUCCUCUCCAUCAAUCUCUGCAGCUCUGAGUUCACUCAGACUGGCAGUGAGGAGAGCCAGGACCUGCAGGAUCGCUUGUCCCAGAUGAAUGGGCGCUGGGACCAUGUGUGCUCCCUGCUGGAGGAGUGGCGGGGCCUUCUCCAGGAUGCACUGAUGCAGUGUCAGGAUUUCCAUGAGAUGAGUCAUGGUUUGCUCCUUAUGCUGGAGAACAUCGACCGAAGGAAAAAUGAAAUUGUCCCUAUUGAUUCUCACCUUGACUCAGAGACCCUUCAGGACCAUCACAAGCAGCUUACGCAAAUGAAACGUGAGCUGUUGGAAUCUCAACUCAAAGUGGCCUCCCUGCAAGACAUGUCGUGCCAGCUGUUGGUGAAUGCUGAAGGCACAGACUGUUUAGAAGCCAAAGAAAAAGUCCACGUGAUUGGAAAUCGGCUCAAACUUCUCUUGAAGGAGGUCAGUCGUCAUAUCAAGGAGUCGGAGAAGCUAUUAGACGUGUCAAGCAGUCAGCAGGAUCUGUCUUCCUGGUCUUCUGCUGAUGAACUGGACACCUCGGGAUCUGUGAGUCCUACGUCAGGAAGAAGUACCCCAAACCGACAGAGAACGCCACGAGGCAAAUGUAGUCUCUCCCAGCCUGGACCCUCUGUCAACAGUCCACAUAGCAGGUCCAUAAAAGGUGGCUCCGAUUCCUCCCUUUCUGAGGAUCGGCCAGCUCGGUCCGGCCGCUCCUUCCUGUUCCGAGUGCUCCGUGCGGCUCUUCCCCUUCAGCUCCUCCUGCUGCUCCUCAUCGGGCUCGCCUGCCUCGUGCCAAUGUCGGAGGAAGACUACAGUUGUGCCCUCUCCAACAACUUUGCCCGCUCCUUCCACCCCAUGCUCAGAUAUACAAACGGCCCUCCUCCGCUCUGAACCCAGCAGACGCCGCCUGCAGCACUGCUGGCUGCAGGAGGAGGAUUUGGCCAAGGGUAACCCCAAACUAGCAGAAAGAGGACCUGAGUCCUGGCGGAUGCCCUUGGUGUGGCAGCUUUAGCUCACCUCUGAAUCCCAGGUGCGCACCUCAUAGCUUCGGAGGUGAUGAUUAAAUGACGACAGGAGGACAGCAAGUAGAAACAGAAGGUCUGGAAGAGAUUUUAUUUGCAACCAAGCCUCGGCACUAAAGAGACUAAGGACCUCCACAGUUCCCUGGCCGCGUGAACUCCGGGCCUUUGGCCCAUUCCCUGCACACCCGGGGACUUCAGCAGACCCUGCGGGCAGCCUCCCGUGGUGCUGCUGCAUCCACUCAAUGAUGACGCUACCUGAGCACCUUGUCAGCAUCGAACAAUCUACCAGCCCACCAGUGCUGAAGAGGCUUUAGAGACCUGUGACCGACAGUUUUUAAGAGCUUAUAUGGCAGCUUCCUUUCUACCUUGUUUUCCUUUUGGGCAUGAUGUUCUAACCUUGCAAUAGAAGCACAAGCUGUAAAUCUAAAAAGCACUUUUUUAAAAAGAUAUAAAGAAAAAUUGGAUGUAAUAAAUAAGAUUGUGGAAGGCUUUAUGUGAAAAAAAAAGUUGAAUGUUAUAGUAAAAGAAAAAGAUAUUUAUGUAUGUACAGUUUGCUAAAGCCAAGUUUUGUUUGUAUCGAUUUCUUUGCAUUUAUUAUAGAUACUAUGAAAUA